AUGCAGAUCUCGCCGCCAUCGCACAACUCAAGUGACUCCCCAAGAUCUCGCCCAAGUUCUUCUAAAGGUUUUUUAUCCAACUUGUCAUCAGCCUACACCACAACAGCAAGCGCGCUAGAGGUCGAGGACCAGCUACUAGACGUGGGAGUUCGUCAUCAUACUCUGGAUCACCUAGUCCACGGAAGUUUUUAA